CAACGAUGUUGUAGAGAAGCAUAGAAUAGCCCAGCGCCGCCGCCUCCGCUGCCGUCGCCGCCGCCGUCAAAGGUUUGCAGAAAGAAAGAGACAUGUCGAGGAGAUCUGUGAAAAACGCCGACGAAGGUUCCACUGCUUCCCGUUUGACGAACACAUGCACGAUUCGUUGUAAAGUGCACAAAGCCCCUUGUGUGAUCAAUGCAUCUCGCACUAGCUUGAAUCCUGGAAGAAUGUUCUACUCUUGUCCAUAUUGGAAGAGUUGCCAUUUUUUCCGAUGGGUUGAUGACGAGCUGGAUAGUGAAUCGAGGGUUGAUGGAUUGAUGGAAGAGAAUCAUGAACUGAAGUUGAAGCUUGGUGAUAUGGAAGCUCUAUAAGGCCGUGUUCGUAAAGCAGAAGAGAAGGCCAGGAAACGGAAGGAAGAAAAGGCUGCUAUUUUAGACGACUUGGCCAAGCUUUCCGAACUCAAUUCUGCAAUUUGUCUCGAUCUGCGAAAGAUGAGACAUACGGUUUAUGGCCUUCAAAAUAGGAUGAAUUUACGUUGUUUUUGUGUGCUAUUCAUAGUCGUUGUUGUAAUCUUGUGUGGACCACUUCGAAUGUAAUGGAGAUUUCAUGUUGAAGAAGAAUGGUGUUUCUAAUGGAGAUUCAAUAAAGC